AUGGGCGUCAAAGGCCUAUGGUCGCUGCUCAACCCCGUGGCGCGGCCCGUGCAGAUCGAGAGUCUGGAGGGCAAGCGCCUCGCCAUCGACUCGAGCAUCUGGCUGUACCAAUUCCAAUCGACGAUGCGUGACCAGGACGGGCGGGUGCUCGUCAACGCUCAUGUACUGGGCUUCCUACGGCGAAUAAACAGGCUGUUGUUUCAUGGUAUCAAGCCUGUGUUCGUGUUCGACGGCGGCGCGCCGGCCCUUAAGCGCUCCACUAUCACGGAGCGUAAGCGCCGCAAGCUCGGUGCGGCGCAGAGCCAUACCAAGAUGGCCGAGAAGCUGCUUCAUGCGCAGAUGCGGCGUGCGGCCGUGAUGUUGGCGCAGGAAGCGGAUGAACGGCGAGCAGCUCGGAUAGGUGCGCGAGCAGAUGGCAUACUCGAGGAGAGCGAGGCGAUCCCCGAGAAUGCCGUCUACCUCGACGAACUCGAGGGUCGCCCUGCCGCGCGGCCCGUCACCACCCAAAUCUCUGCAGCGAGUACAAGCGAGCCACCCAAGAAGAAGUACAAGAGAGAUCGAUACGAACUCCCAGAAGCCGACAUGCCGACGUACUCGACCGAGGAGCGGCCGGACGCGCGCCUGGCCACCGAGGAAGAGCUGAAGCACUUCAUUGAGGAGGUCGGGCCCACGGACAUUGAUGUGGAGAGCCCCGAGUUCCGCGCCCUCCCAACAGAGGUGCAAUACGAGAUUAUUGGCGACCUGCGUGUACGCAGUCGGCAGCAGAGCCAUGCGCGCUUGACUGCCAUGUUAAAGAACGCGCCGACCGCGCUGGACUUUAGCAAGGCGCAGAUCAAGCAUCUGUCGCAGCGCAACGCCCUCACACAACAGCUCCUUACGGUCACGGACAGCGUGGGCAAGGCACAUCUCACCAUACCGGUACGCGUGGCAAGCGAGCGUAAUCGCGAGUACGUGCUGGUGAAGAGGAGCCAGGACGACGGCGGAGGAUGGGCGCUGGGGAUCCGAGAUGGUACGAAGGACAAGCCGAUAGAGCUCGAGCCCGAGACGGAGAACGACCGGCGUAUACGCAAUGCGGUCGAGCGCCGCACAGUCAGGGAUGAAGACAGUGACUCGGACUCGAGUGUGGAGGAGAUCAAGCCGACUGAGGUGGACAAGGAUCUUCGCGAGCACCGCCGGCGAGAGGUUCUCGAGGCCAUCACGCAGCGGUAUGCGCCAAAGAAACAGGAUGAUGACCCGGCGCCGACGAGGCGGAAGAAGAAUGCCGUGCCACUCUUCGACAUCGACGAGGACAUCAUGCCGACGGCGCACGACGAGGCGCUGGCACUUGCCCUGCAGCAGGAGGAGCUUGGGAGCGAGGAGGACGAACCAGAUGCCAACCUCGCGCGCGCACUUGCGCUGUCGCGGAAAAAAACACCGUCGAGCCCUCCUCCACUGCCGCCGAGCAGCGACGACGACGAGUUCGAGGAAGUGGAACUCAUCCCGUCUACACAUGUGUCGCGCGCGAACUCGGUGUACGAGCCGAUCGAGAUCAGCAGCGACGAGGAGGCUCCUCCAUUAAAGAAUGUCCCUGCACCGAUGGUCGUCGACGACAGCGAUGACGAUCUGGAGCCUACGGAGCCGCCAGAUCCGCGUCGCGUCGCGGGGAGCUCGUUCGCGCCCAACACUGCAAAUGGGGCUCCAUCAGUCCCUAGGCCUUCUGUGGUCCCGCUUGCCGUACGAGAUCCUGAGCCAGCAGCACCUGAGCCUAAAGGCCCGCAUUCAACGGGAAGAGUUGGCCGGCCUCCUCCGGCUGCGGUCGAAGUGCACACCGUCCGCCGGUCGCCGUCGCCCAUGAGAGCUGCGCCGUCUCCAUCUCCACCACGUGGAUUGUCUCCGCACCCGCAGCUUCGCGGAGCGCCGUCACUCUCGCCGCCUGCUCGAGGCGGCCCAUCACCAUCCCUGCCACCGCGAGCAGCACCAUCACCUUCUCCACCAGCAGUAGCACCAGCGCCAUCGGUCUCUGACUUGGACGAAGACGAGCUCGAGGAGGUCUCCACAGAGCCGUCGCGUGCAACCACCCCCCACUCCUCUGGCAUUGCCACUCCAAGUGACUUGGAGGAGACACAGCGAAACUCGCUUCCCCAGCUGAGUCGACUCCGGUACGAGGUCCACGAAGACUCGGACGAGGAGGACGAUGCGAUCGAAUGGUCGCGCUCGCCGAGUCCCGUCCUGCGCAAGGACGGGAUGGGUAAACCUCUCUCCGCGCUGGCGUCGACUCUCGGUGAGACGCAGCCCGACGAGGCAUCCGGUCUCACAUCUGGACACGUGUCCGACUAUGCGAGCGAAGCCGAGAUGGAUGCGGAGGACAUGGUUGCCGAGGAGGAUGAGUACGCGCGCUUCCUUGCGCAGAUCCAGAACCGCGACCUGGCAGAGGUGCGCACCGAGAUCGACGACGAGAUCCGCAUCCUCAAUCAGCAGACCAAGGCGGCGAUGCGUGACUCGGACGAGAUCACGCAGAGCAUGGUCGUGCAGAUCCAAACGCUGCUGCGCCACUUUGGUAUCCCAUACAUCACUGCGCCGAUGGAGGCUGAGGCGCAGUGUGCCAAACUCGCCGAGCUGGGCCUCGUCGAGGGGAUCAUCACGGACGACUCGGAUGUCUUCCUCUUUGGCGGGUCGACGUGUUUCAAGAACAUCUUCAACGACGCAAAGUACGCUGAGUGUUAUGCUGCGACAGACAUUGAGCGCGAGCUCAGCCUCCCGCGCCACCGCCUGAUUGAGCUUGCGUACCUCCUCGGUUCGGACUACACGAUAGGCAUCCUAGGCGUGGGACCCGUGAUGGCGUUGGAGCUACUCGCCAACUUCCCCGGCAACAGCAGCCUGCAGCGGUUCAAGGAGUGGUGGGCCACCGUACAGGUGGGCAAGGACGACGUGACGACCGAGACAAAGUGGAUGCGCUCCUUCAAGAAGCGGUUUGCCGGAACUCUCGAACUUGGGGGAGACUGGCCGAACCCACUGGUCCGUGACGCCUACAACCAUCCGCAAACGGAUGAGAGCGACGAGCCGUUCUGCUGGGGAUUCCCGCGCCUGGCGGCCCUAAGGACGUUCCUGCACGAGGAACUGAGCUGGAGCAUCUCCAAGGUCGACGAUGAGCUCACGCCAAUCGUACAGCGCAUUGCUGCACGCGGGCGCGGUGCGGUCCCUCGACAAGGGACACUGUUACCGUUCUUUGACCAUUCAGCAGCCGCGGGAAGCUUGGUACCUCGUCGCCGUACGACUGCGAAUAUCAGCAAACGACUACUGAGUGUUAUCAAGGAAUUCCGCGAGGCUGAGGCCAGAGCUGCGGGACAGGAUCCACAUGGGUGGGGGGAGAUGUUGGCGGGCGUCGAUGAGUCGGAUCCGAGAGGCACGAAGGACGGUCAAAAGGAGGUAAAGAAGGGGAGGAGUAAGGGAGAGAAGCAGGAGGCGGAGGUGGGGAAGGACGGCAACAAGCCGAAGACCCGCAAGGCGCCGGCAAAGCGUGUAAAGAAAAGCAAUGGUAAAGAGAAGAAGGACCAGGAAGGGGAGAACGAGGCGACGGGCGACGGCACCGCGGAGUGGACCGUAACGACGCGCAAGGCCCCUACGAGGCGUGCUAAGCGCGCGUCGAAGAGUAUGGCUGAGGACUCUGAGGAGGAAGCACCAGCGCCAACGAAGCGGAGGAAGAAGGCCAGCAAGGCGGAGGAAGACUAG